AUGGUGUUAGGCUCAGAUUUGCCGCCAAUAGAAGCAGAGCACUACCCAUAUGGAGCUUCACCAGCGAAAUCUAGAUAUAUCAACGGCACGACCUACCAGGUGCCAGAGCCAUAUGAGAGUCCAGACUAUAGAUACGAGGAACCUCCAUUUGUAGCCCAUUCCCACACCUUCUACAAGGAAGAAGAAAGACCCUAUCGAUUCUCACCACACUAUAAAGCGUAUUACAGAUUCAUAAAGAGCUAUAAUUGGUUUGGAAAGAAAGUUUUGGAGCGUCCCUGGACCGUAGGAUGCUAUUGUACGACAGUCUACAAAAGACUAACGCCGCUUGCUGGCUGUGCAGUCAUAACCACAAGACACAUCCUCACAAGUGCCACGGCCACCGAACUGGUCCUCAAAGACCACCGACACGAAAAAAGCCUGGAGAAUAUACUGGGGGCCUGGUACGACGUCGACGAGAACGUUUACAAUAGUUCAAUGUAUAUGACUCCAGCUAGGAUCCACUAUCAUCCNACAUACAUGCGUCCAAAUAUGGUCAACGUUACUCAUCCGUUUGCGAUCGUGUACGAUUUAGCCGUUUGGGCAGCCACUUACCGUUUCUACGGCAGUAUGUGGACUCUAGGACAUGCAGUUAUAUGUGACAGAGCUAGUUCUGGAUGGUUCGAAUAUUCAUCCCCGACUCCUAAGUUUCGCGAGCUCGCCUUCAUUGUCGGCUUUCAAUAUAUGAAAGCUUGGAGACGUGUGCCGAUGCCUUGGUUCAAGUAUGUCAUCCGAACUAGACGACAUUGGCCUAUUUGUCCCAAAACUGAUUGGAGCUGGUAUAUCUGCGUCCAAGCGUACUGGGCUAAAUGUGGAAUAGAAUCAGGUGCCGCGUGGCAUCGCGAAUUAGAGGGUUAUGGAUGGAGAUAUAACGGCCUUCUCGGGCUUUGCGCUAUUGCCAUGAAACUCAGAUCCAAAGACAUUGUGGGUUACUUUGCAGUACUCGACACCCACCCAGUACUGGAUUUCUUAUAUGCAUCUUACAUGGGAUGGCAGCCGUACGAGUUUUUAGACUACAGAUUUUACAAUUCCCAGGGCCGAGCGCCGGUCGUGAAACCUUGGUUCUACUUGCCUUGGACAUAUGACUUCGGUGUCGAGCUGUACAGAUCAUAUGUUUUACCGUAUUACAAAUAA